AUGGAUCAUCUUCCGAGCCCGCUCUCUUCCUCCGUUCAACCAAUAGAGAUACCUCUCGUUGCUAAAAUUAGCUACGAUGGGGAGUUCUCUAGUAUUCCUCAACGCUAUGGCUUUUUCACAGAGGACGAGGAUGUUCUGGACCUUUCGAUCCCACCACUUGAGUUCGCAUCCUUCCUCCAAUCAUGGUUGUGGUUUGGAGUCGUCUCCACGUUUGCUGAGCGACGUGUCUACCCGGACGAGUUCUCUCGCUGGAAAAGCUAUAGCGCCGUAAGCGGACAGCCUUCAUGUCAAAGGCCCAUCUUGGAUACCACAGCAUUGAAGCCAUUACUGGAAAACUUGGUAUCCAUGGAUAAGCACUACAUGUUAUCGGGACAAGCUCCCCAAUCGUACGCAGACAUGACGGAUGUGACCGACCACGCAUUAGGUUGGAGUGUCUGGCUGGAUCGCAAUCUCAAAAACCCUCAAUGGCCACUCCCGGAGAUUCUACUAUCCAUAAAAUUCCUCCUCGAGACAUUUGAUUCCUUCCGCUUUAUUCAGGAUCACAGUACCAACCGCGAUAAAAUGCGACACCGCAUAUUUCCAUUUUAUCGACAAGUCAUUCUGAAAACCGCACCAGCAGCGAAGCUCCUGAUGGUCUGGAUGAAGUCCAAUGGCUGGUGUCCCCAUUUGGCAUAUCAGAUUUGUUUGGAAUCUGAUUAUUUUGUUGCAUACUACCAUGCUUUGUCUCGCCGACCUGUAUCCACAGAUGUUCUUCAUAGCAAUUGCUCUGAACGGAAGUGUUUGAUCAUUAGUUCCAACACUUCGGGCCACACUCCCCUUCACACAAAACCUGAAUGUGCCUGUCCUCCGAUUUCCGUUCUAAAGAAAGACUUAAGUUGCAUCACGGAGAAAGGUGGCAUACCUGUAGUUUCAAUCAAGCGACAUCCUCACGGCAGGUUAGAUCUACGUCUCAGAAGAGCGACGCCAUCCACUGCAUACGUUGCGAUCUCACACAACCCAUUGGAGGGUCUAGAUCAAUUACCGGACCCGGACCGGAUAGGCGAAGGCUGGCCCGUAUCAGUGCGGAUUGGAUCCGUAGAAGCCGACCUCGCCAGAUGUACAGUUCGGCGUGUCCAUGGUUCUAAUUUGACCAUGCCCUUUUGGAUUGAUACUCUCUGCGUUCCGGUUCAAGGUAAGGCUCCCCAAUCGCAGCAAAGUACAACACAGGCAGGGCACGUCUUUGCCGCCGCUGCUCAGGUCUUGGUAUUUGAUGAGGGCAUCCAGCAACUAAGACUUGGAGCAUCAAAUAUUUGCGAAAUCCUAGCCAAUGUGCUCUCUUCUUCUUGGUCCCAGCGACUGUCUACGAUUGAAGAGAUCGUACUGUCUCGAUCUUACAAUUUCCAGUGCCUGGAUGGCACAUUCACGCCCAGAGGCAUAUCAAAGAAACAUGAACACGAUGCACCAGCUUUGUUUCGAUAUUCUUCGAGUUUAGAACGCCUCCCGGGGAGAAUUCAAUGUGCUUCCAAUGCUUUGAAGAGACCGCUAUCUUCUUGGAAGCAGAAACCCAUUUCAUCAAACACGCAAAACGACUUCCAGGUUCGGAUUCGACUUCCAAACAAAGGUGCAUCCAAUUAG